GAAAAAAGUAAAAAUAAUUCGAAGCACCCAAGUUAUUUUAGCAAAAUCUGAAAGCAAUGAACAUUGAUAAGUGAAUAAAGCUACUUCAAAAUGGAACAAUCAGUUCGAAAGAGUCGGCGAAAGCCCAUGCCCAAAUUACGGGAGGAGUUCCUCUUUGAUUGGACACCUCAAAAGAAGAAAGCUAUGUUGCAGUAUCCUGCAUGUGUAGAAGGCUUAGAUCUCAACCCACGAGUUAAACUAGAGCCAAUAGACACAACAACACUCAAAGUGGUCAUCUCUAAUCCAUCUGUAUCUGAAAUACCACAAAUCAAAAUUGAACCAGAUUUGUCUCCGAUUCCAUCAAGAACAGGCCAUGAAAUGCCAUCUCGGUAUGACUUUGAACAAAGUAUGAAGAAUAUAACUAGUUACUACCCUAACAAUCUAGCAAAACCAGGAAUCAGUCAUAGAGAAAUGACAGUCAUCCCAGACUUCCUGCUGAAUCCAAACAAAAUAUUCACAGUAAAAUCAGAGGUGGAUUUCAAGGUGGCUAUAACUAUCUGUAUCACAUGUAGUGGAGGCUUUCUGUCGGCUGUUGAACUGAGACUACAUAAAGAGCAGGGUUGUCAUCCUGGAAAAGAUCACUUUCAACCAAUAUAUUCAGAGUGUAACACUACAGAUCCAAAGAGAUCUAAAGCUAAUGGACCAAAACAUAAAAAUAAGGUCAAGGGCAACCAGGGCAACAAAGAAAAUGUUCAAAAGAGUUUGGGAUCCUUUGAUAAGACAGGUAUAUCUGUUGGUGCAACAGACAAAGCAGUUGCAGUAAAUGACACAUUAGACAGAAUCUUAAGCCACAGAGAAACUGAAAGUGAAGGAGCAAUAGAUAACAUUCAGUUUAAUGAUGGAAUCGAUGAAAAUGAUCAUAACAAAUUAAUUGAAACAAGGAGUACAUCUGAUGCAGUUGUUGAUGAAAAUAAAAGUGAAUUAGCACAAGAUGAUAUUGUUGACAUGACAGGAGAAGAAGAUGAUGAAUUAAGUGAACCAGGGAAUGAAUUAGAAACAGUAAGUUCUGCAAAGCCAGAAUUAAUUUGCUCAGCACCUCUCACUAUUGAAGAAGAGCAACUUCUAGAAGCCAAAAGACAAAAGAAUAGAGAGGAUAGACAGCGGAGAAGUGCAAUAAAAAGGAAGAUAAGGGAAAAUCUUGCUCAAAAGAGGGAUCGUAUUUUAGAACGUUGUGCUGGUAAAUAUGAAAUAACAAUCAAUGAAGUUGGAGAUAAGAAAUACAUGUGUGGUUUGUGUAAAUGGACUGCAAGAUUUAAAACUACAAAAGAUCUGCCAGAUGUUGAGAAAAGAUUAAAGAAACAUAUGCUUCAUCAUGAAGAGAAAAAAUACAAGUGUCCAAAAUGCAAGUUUGAUCGUGCUAGUUAUGUGCACCUUAAAAGCCACUUGCAAGAAAAACAUGGGCCGAAAAAGUCAACUUUCGUUUGUGAUAAAUGUGGAGAAUUAUUUAAUACGAUAUUGAAACUGUACACUCAUAAAGGUACCAGGCAUCGUAAAAGAUAUGCCGUCUGCCCUGUGUGUGGUAAAAAAUAUGACAAACAUAAAGAACUGAGGAUUCACAUAGAGUGUGAACACGAUGGAGAGAGUCUGCUUCCAUGUCCAUUCCCUGACUGUAAACAGGGAUUUACUUCGAAAGGAAACCUUAAUCGCCAUAUGAAAAGUGUGCACAUAAAAGAAAGGGAAGUUUGUCCUUACUGUGGUAAUCGUAAUACUGAUUUGGAACGACACAUUGCAAGGGUCCAUGGAAUGAAGCCUAAAGAAUUUGUAUGCAACAGAUGUCCAUUUUCCACUCAUAGGAAGGUGUCUUUAAUGAACCAUGCAAUGAUCCAUACAGGUAUGAAACCUUUCAAAUGUAACAUCUGUAAAUGGGCCUGCAUCAAAAAGGAUAUGUGGAAAACUCACAUGUUAAAGAAACAUGGAUAUAAGAAUGCAUUCUAUUGUAAGAUAUGCACCAUAGCAAAAGAGACUAAGCUUGAACUGUAUGAACACCAGAAAACACAUGAUAAGAACAAUGAUAAUGCCGAGACACACGACACAUCUCUCCAUGAAGAAAAGGAUGAAAAUACUGAUACAUUUGAGAUGUAUCCUGCUCAAAAGGAUGGCAUCGAAGCAAAGGAGGCAUCUAAUCUUCAAAAUGUUGAGCUUGAUGGUGAAUAUAGUGUUAUUAAUCAGCCCGAUAAUAUGGAAAAUGAUGUGUACUUCUCAUGUGGAGAGUGUAAUACGUUGUAUAAUACUGAGGGGGAGUUGAGUACUCAUUUUAUCACAGACCAUGCUUUAAAUAUCAAUCCCAGUGAGUUUGAUGCAUUAAAAUAUGCAGAUUUACCCAUACAAUGAUAUUUGAAUCAGUCCCUCUCACAGAUCUUGAAGCAAAACUAGCAUUCAAUAGUAUUAAGUUUAUACUCUGCUGUUUCACCAAUAAAACUAUGCUAUAUGCGAAGUUUAUUAAGGAUAAAGUGAAUCGGUUAUCCAGUUAACCAGUUGAAUGGUUUUGAUCUGUUGACUGCUUCUCAUGUACUGUUGACCUCUACUGAGAUACUGUUGACUGUUAAGAAUACUGUUGAUUAUGUUAAUUUGGCACCUGCUUUAAUU